AUGUCUCAUCGGAGGUUGCAGAUCGGAGCUAUUCUCACAUUUCUAACAGUUUUACCUGCCCUUCUGGUCGGCGCUCAGCAGCAAAAGUUUCGGGUGAUGCCACGGGACCUCCAGGUGUUGGAAGGUUCGGAAGCUCUGCUGCGAUGCGAAAUCUACAACCUAGCCGGGGCGGUCCAGUGGACCAAGGAUGGAUUUGCGCUAGGAUUCUCCCAGACGAUACCGGGCUAUCCGCGCUACUCGGUGCUCGGUGACCGCGCUCAGGGUGUGUACAAUCUGCGCAUAUCGAAUGCUUCCCUGGAGGACGAUGCCGAGUACCAGUGCCAAGUGGGGCCGGCAAAGUUUAACUCUGCGAUCCGAGCCAACGCCAAGCUGAUAGUAAUAUGUAAGUACUUCCCUCUGUACUUCUGGAUGCUGAUCGUUUCGCAUAUGUUUCCCUGUAAGCACCCCUGA